AUGGAUCCACCACCUCCAAUUAUUGACUCAACUGAUGUAGCCCACAUAGCUCCUGCAGCGAACCCAACUCCAACCAAAGCUCCCUCCCUCAACCAUCCUCCUUAUGCUGAGAUGAUAAAGGCCGCAAUUAGGGCUUUGAAGGAGAGAAAUGGGUCGAGCAAAAGGGCUAUAGCUAAGUACAUAGAGACUCAUUACUCGAACCUGCCACCUAGUCACUCGGCGCUGUUGACUAACCAUCUGAAACGGUUGAAGAACAAUGGUCAGGUUCUCAUGGUGAAGAACUCUUAUAAGCUUCCUAGAUCUACUACUGUACCUGUUACUCCCAAUGUAAAUGCGCAUCAGGCUGUGCCCAUUGUUGUUCCGGAGACUGAAUUGAACGUGGCGAUUGGGCCAGGGAGUGUGUACGUUCCAGUUGGUUCUGUAAAUGGUGAUGCUUCUAGUGCUGGAGAUGGAAAGAAAAAAGGCCGCGGCCGUCCGCCUAAGCAGGGUGGGGCGAACCAAGGUGGGCUAAAGAAGGGACGUGGUCGUCCGCCAAAGAGUUUGGGGGCUCAGCCAGGUGGUGUUGAGAGGUCCAGGGGGAGGCCCAAGAGGGAUUCUUCUCAUUCUGUUGUGACUGGAAUGACUGCUCGAAAACAGUCAAAGAAGACUGUUGCGGCUACUGGUGUGGUGAAGGGGUCCGGGAGGCCACGUGGAAGGCCUCCAAAGCCUAAGGAUGUGGUUGCUGGAGUUGCUCAACCUGCGGCAGUUGGUGGGAUCGUGGCACCUGUUUCUGUUUGGAUGCCUAUUGGUGCUACAUUAGCAGUGGGUUCUGGAGGAGUUGCACCGGCUGCGCGGAAGAGUCCAGGACGACCACCAAAGGCAGGUGGUGAGGCGAAGAAACCCUUGAAGCUGCCUACUGUGAAGCCCAAGAAGCCCAGGAAGCUAUCUGGAAAACCUUUGGGGAGGCCCAAGAAGGAUGCAUCAGAUACAAUGACUCAAGCGCUCAAUUCCCAGCAGCGAGUGGCCUAUGAAGAUCUUAAAGGCAAACUUGAACAUUUGCAAUCAAGAAUCAAGCAAACAGUGAGUGUGGUAAAACCAUGCUUAGACAAUGCAACUGCAAUAAGUGCAUUACAAGAGCUAGAAACGCUGGCGUCGAUGGAAGUAAAUGCGCCCACAAAUGUUCUUGGCAUGCCACCUCAGAAACAACUGCCUCAGACCGAAAGUUAA